ACUAAUAAAAGAAAAAAAAAACAAAAAAGCAUAAAUUACCCUCCCAGGGGUUAAAUCCUCACAAACCCCCACGCGCUGCAGUCCCCAAACCGAAACAAGAAACAAGCAUCUCUUUAGCCGCCUCCCCAAACAAUGUGAACGAAAUUGGCUUUGAGAAUCUGAUUGCUCCUCUCCUCUCCUCUCCUCUCCUCUCAAAACCAUCAGGAGAUUUGCAGUAACGUGAAGGUCUAUUCUUGCAAAGCUUCUGCAGCGAAAUUUUCCAAUAACUCUCGCUCCUGUUAGAAUCCAUUUGCUGAAAUGGCCGAUAACAAUAACAAUUCACCACCUGUGUCUUCGAAAGAAAACCCAGAUCAUGAUUCUGAGACGAACCUAAUUGCCAAGGAAGAUAGCUCCCUCGCAACUAUAGCCCGUAGGUUUCAGGACUCCAUUUCCUUAGGCAAGACACACAAGUUCUGGGAAAGUCAACCUGUUGGUCAAUUCAAAGACAUUGGUGAUUCAAGUUUGCCCGAGGGCCCUAUUGAGUCUCCAACCCCACUAUCUGAAGUUAAACAAGAACCAUACAAUCUCCCUACUCAGUAUGAAUGGACCACCUGUGACAUGGAGUCCGAGGAGACUUGCAAUGAGGUCUAUAAUCUCUUGAAAAACAACUAUGUUGAAGAUGAUGAGAACAUGUUUAGGUUUAAUUACUCACAGGAGUUUCUUAGAUGGGCUUUGUGUCCCCCGGGUUACUAUCCAAGCUGGCACAUUGGGGUUCGUGCCAAAGCUUCCCAGAAGCUCGUUGCUUUCAUCACAGGUGUCCCUGCAAGGAUUCGGGUGCGUGAUGAAGUUGUGAAGAUGGUCGAGAUCAAUUUCUUGUGUGUUUAUAAGAAGCUUCGGUCGAAGAGACUUGCCCCUGUUAUGAUUAAGGAGGUUACUAGGAGGGUUCAUUUAGAGAAUAUUUGGCAAGCAGCAUAUACUGCUGGUGUGGUUCUUCCAACACCAAUAACAACCUGUCAGUAUUGGCACAGGUCUUUGAACCCGAAGAAGCUUAUUGAUGUUGGCUUUUCAAGGCUUGGUGCAAGGAUGACAAUGAGUCGGACAAUAAAACUCUACAAGUUACCAGAUUCCCCUGCCACCCCUGGAUUUAGAAAAAUGGAACUUCGUGAUGUACCUGCUGUUACAAGGUUGCUAAGAAAUUACUUGAGCCAGUUUGUUGUUGCACCUGAUUUUGAUGAGAAUGAUGUGGAGCACUGGCUUCUUCCAACUGAGAACGUGGUUGAUAGUUACUUGGUUGAGAGUCCAGAGACUCAUGAGAUCACUGACUUCUGCAGCUUCUACACGCUUCCAUCCUCUAUCCUAGGCAACCAGAAUUACUUGACGUUGAAAGCUGCUUAUUCAUAUUACAAUGUUAGCGUGAAGACUCCAUUGCUUCAGUUAAUGAAUGAUGUACUGAUUGUUGCCAAGCAGAAGGAUUUUGAUGUUUUUAAUGCAUUGGAUGUCAUGCAUAACGAGUCUUUCCUGAAAGAACUGAAAUUUGGACCAGGUGAUGGGCAACUACACUACUAUCUUUACAAUUACCGCUUACAGCAUGCCUUGAGACCCUCGGAACUGGGGCUUGUCCUCUUAUAGAUUGAAAUAUCUGAAAGUUGGUUCUGUAGUAUCUUUGAUUGAAUGGGUAUGUGGUUGCCCGUAUUUUUGUUUUCCCUCGGCACUAGGAUCAGAUUAUGCACUGUAUUUGAGAAAAAAAGCUUGUGUUUCCAUAAGCUUAAGUUUUUGAGGCACUUGCAAUGUUAUUCGCUAUUCAGUAUGUUCUCUGGACACGAAAAAAAUUGUUGAGAGCUUGAAUAACCCUUUUAUUCAGGGUUCAUGUCGCCAA